UAUUUAUACCCUAGUUUCCCUGUAAUAUGUAUAUAUGUAUAAAAGCAGCAAGGGUAGACUAAGAUGGCUCUGGGUUUGAUAUGAGUUGGAAUGUCAGAGUCCUGUCCUGCUUUGAAGCACAGCCUUCCCCUCAUUCCGGUGCAACUCCUUUCAAAAAUGAUGUUUCCAUUGCAUGCCUACCUGGUACUCACCUAGCGAACAAGGGAAAAAAAAAGGUUCGCCGAAGGAAAUCUUCUCAGAUGCCUGCAAGCAGGGUUAGAUCAUUAAGAGCGAAGGGUGUCCAGGCCCUUCAGGACCUGAAAUAUCGCGUACUUUCCUAGAAAUCACAGGACAACUGCUACCGUCUUCCAAGCAUUCUUUGAGCCAGGAAUACAAUGGAAGUUCCACCAGUCCGCAAACAAAUUCACAAUCCUCAAAUGAGGUGAAUCCACGGAGCCGGUGAGAUGCAGCCGGUGACAUCCUCUCGACCGAUACGUCUCGAGAGACAUAAGUUGGCGUUUCAUCUGAAUGAAUAUGCCAUUCUCCCUGCGAUAUCAAGGUUCAAAUUUGAGUCUGCAAGUCAUCAGGGACCCUGUUAGCAGGGGACCCCUUGCCAACGUUAAUUCAACAGGUACAGGUUCAGAGCAUUCAUGGCUUCGAUCUCGAUCGCACGAAAAUCCUAUGACCGAUUAUCGUCGAAGCGGUGACGUUUUAAUAAAUUGAUGUAGGUUGAGCAAUCAUCAAAUCAGAUGGGACUCAAAAGUCAUUGUCGUCCCUGUGCACUUCUAUCUCAGGUCGAUGUAUUAUUGUGAGAUUGGCUUUCUGGUAGAGUCAAAGAAGCCACAGCGUUGACGUGUGACUGCCCAGUUAAUCCGCAAGGGCGAACACCAUCAACUUCUCGGCAGGCCACCAUGAGCAAUAGCGAUAUUUCGGUAUAUUUUCUCCCAGAGAAAAGGGCAUAAGUGAUUACCUUCAGUUCCGAUCCUUAGGAUUCUGAGGAUUUUCUAUCCUCACGGACCAGGAGCAAGAUGGCCCAUCCCUGUCUCGGGGAACGCGGCCCGCGGGUAGGAGCGGAGACUUCCACGCACUUCGUGCCAUCGGACAAGGUGCAUUAAAAUCGGAUAGCUUCCGUUCUCCAUACGUUGGCCAGGUCAUUGUCGACACCAGAAUAUAUUGUCCGAAGCUGUCUUGUUGACGGAUGUGGAACGAAACUCCAGGAGAAACUCCACAAAAGC